AUGAGCCAGGCUUGUGCGGUAGAGACGCGAGAAAACCUGACAGAUUGGUCAAUUUUAGACGCAGAAACGAGGCCUCCAGAUGCAACAGUCAAAUCGUCUCAUCUGUCUUGGGUUCAGGGCGAAGUCGCGACCCCCGCCGGAGUCCCUUGCACCGGCGGCUUCAGGAGGCGUCUGGCACACACCUCUUCUGCCCACGUGGCCGGGCGUGUAUUUGCCCGGAACAAGUGA